AAGCAGUAAUUCCACGUAUUAACAUUGCAAUUACAUUUUAAUGUAAAAAAAUCAUAUAUAUAUUUAUAUAAAAACACAUUGCACAUAAAGCAAAAAACAAUCUGAUUAAAAUACAGAUCUUGUGUCAAUGCUUUGCUUACAAGGAUCUGAAAACACUCCAUUCUAAUUUCUGUUUAUAAAGAUCUCUCGGGAUCCUCUGGUGUUAUUGGAUUGAUACACACCUUCAAAAUUUGAAGGCUUAAAUUUGAGUGGCUGAUAUAAAUAUAACCAGAACAUAAAGUUCUGUUUUGUUUUUAUGUAUGAUAGAACGCUACUUAGAGAAGCAGCAGUUUGUCAUUUAUCAUCAUUUAUGACUCAAAGAUUCUAUUGAAUUUAUUUACAGGCUGGUAAAAUUGUUGUGCGGAGUUUUGCAAUCAUAAUGCUUAUAAAGUUUGAAAAAUAAUCGCUAAGUAGUUUCUGAGGAAAAGAAGUAUGAAAAUUGGACAAACGAGAAUUAACAACUUCCUUUUCUAACCAGACAUACAAGAUGGCCACCAGUACUUUACGUAAAAGAUAUAAAGAGGCACAGAAAGUUGAUUUCCCUGGAAUUGAAGAAACUUCUAACAGCUACAUAGAGGAACUUAUUAUGGCACAAGCUAAUGCUAUUGGUUGUCCACCGGAGUUUUUAUAUUUUCCAUUUUUAACAACAACUGCCGGUUUUAUGGGUUCUAAAAGUGUCAUUGAAUUUCACGAGGAAUGGAAGGAACCAGCCAUUAUUUGGACCAUUAUUGCCGCAUCCAAGGGUGAAAAAAAAUCACCAGCCCUUAAAAGAAUCAAGGAUGCUGUUACUAGGAUACAGGAUGCAAAACAAAAACAGUGGACCAUGCAACAAGAAACAAAGUCAGAAACACCCACCAGAAACACAAAAAGCUCCCUGCAAGUUCCUCCACAGAUAAUAAUUGACGUUUUUUCCAUGGAAGAAAUGCACAGUGUUCUUUUAAGAAACAAUUAUCAGGUUAUAGGUAUUUAUGAAGAAAUUAAGGUAUUACACCAGUCACUAGAUAUUUAUAAACCAGGAGGAAGUCUUGUUGAUAGAAAGCAAUUUCUCAAUUUGAAUGGAGGGUCCGCAUGGGAUAGAAAUUUUAAAAAUUCCGGAUACAGUCAUCUUCCAAGAACACAUUUUAACCACACUGGCAUGAUCCAACCAGUAAUUUUGGUAGAGAUGAUGGAUAGAGAUGACUGGGAUGGUUUCAAUGAUAGGUACCUUAUUUCAUGCCCAAAAGAGGUGAUGUUUACUUCAAACAUGUACAAGAUACCAGUUCCAGAAAACUUAAGAAGUAGCAUGGACAAGAUAUUUAAAGUCAUUUCAGAAAAACAUGAAACUGAAACAGUUUACAGAUUUGAUGAGGAAGCCAAGUCUGUUUUUAACAACUUCCACGACAAUUAUUAUAUAGAAAAGAAAAUGCAGUUUACCGAAGAUGAGAACAGAAGAGGGGUUCUUUCUAAAAGUCUUGGUUACAUUAUAAGGCUUUCAGGAAUUAUAACAGCUGUACAAAAUGCUUCAGCUGUAGUUAAAGAGGAACUGGACUUAGAUGAAUACAGAUGGGAUUGUUCAGUUUCGGCUCCUAAUGUAAAGAAGGCUAUAGCUCUAAUGCAAUACUUUAUAGACACUAAAUUUGCCCUACUACCUAUAUGUGACAGAAUUGAAGAGUUUCAUGAAUCACAAACUCAAUCAGAAAUUUCUAACGAGAUGCAGAUUAUGCAAGACUGUGGACAGAAGAUUAAACGACUCUUGGAGUUUGAAACAGAGACCUUAGAUAUAACUUCCGCAAUGGCGUGCAGGAAUGCACUUUUCCCUGCUGUUCCCAAAGAGCAACGAGGAGGUGGUAAUAAUAGAUUCCCGUCUUGGGCGGCGGACAAAUUCUUCAAAACUGUUUCUGAACUUGGAUUUGGAACUAUCGAAACAAGGACUCACGCAUUAAACAAAACUGCUUCCUCAUGUUUCCGGAAAAGGAAAUAUGAAGACCUAUCAGAUGGAUGCAAAGACAUUGCCAAAAAACUCAAAAUCGACGAAGACAAAUAUAUGAAUGGGUCAAAAGAAAAAGAAAACAAAGAGAUCAGGGAACCAUUAAUCAACGUCACAAACAGAGACAGCCAAUCUUGAAGGACUGCAUUAUACUAUAUUCGCUUAAUUUCAGAAUCUAAUAAAAUAAAUUCCAUAUUAUACACAUUAUAUGGUAAUAUA